AAUCCACUAUCAUCAGACACCUUCGUCGUCCCUUUGGCCGCGUUCCUACUCUUGCAUCUCACCAACACUACUCUUCUUUAGGUGAUCCGACUCGAGUACUAGACAAGUCAACUUCUUGUCACGGUCUAAGGCCUUCUGGAACAAAGUCCAUGACUCGGGGCGUGUCGUCUCCGACUGCCUCGCUACGGCGCCCGCAGGUAAUUCCGGAUGCGUGGACAAGCUUCGAGGGAAUCAUUGAGUCAGAGGCGCAUACCGAUGGAGCUGUUAUCAAGGAUGAUGCAAUUGUUGCUCUGAUUCAACUUGGCGUGUGCCUACCAGCUCUGGCGUAUGCUGCCUACGUGGCUACAAACGAACAACAUCCCCCGACGGUCACCCAUCUGGCCUAUGGCCAAUGGACGAAGCUGUACCUCAUCACCUUCAAAAGCGGCCGCAACCUCGUCGCAAGGAUACCGCGAGAGACUGACAAGUACGGUGAUGGAGGCGGUGACACGAGCGGAUAUCUCGAUCAACGCAUAGAGUCCGAGGUCGCCACCUUGGCCUACCUCCAUCGCUUCAUGCCAGACUUUCCCUCUCCCGGCGUGUGGGCAUGGAAUAACGAUGCCAACAACCCUGCUGGCGUUCCGUAUCUGCUGUUGGAUUAUCUGGAAGGAGAGUCAUUAGAUGUCGUUUGGAGGGACAAUGCCUCUCAGCGGUCGGCUAUCCUGGCUGACUUGGCAUCACACUAUGUAAAGCUCGCCCGGCCAUGUCUUUUCUCCUCCUUCGGCAUGAUCACAUUUAAGCGAGAUGAUCUGCAUACUCAAGUCGAACACGGAAGGGACGAUGGAGAGCUUCAGAUUGAGGAUUUUAUCGUCGGACCCUACCUGUCCGAGGCUCGUUAUUCCAACCGCCCGCGGGGAGAAGAAGCAGCACUGCCCCGAGUGUCCACGACAUCCGUACAAGAAUUAUGGAAACAGCUCUUAAAGUCUGAAGCGGCUCGACACGAUCUCGAAAACUGGAAGAAUGACCAAGAAGUCACCACGGAGGAUGUCAGAACAGCAGCUUCCCUCAUUCUGAGACUGAUCUCUGCCCGCCCACUGUCCCCGAACCUUGCCAAACCGUGCCUCGUCAUUGGUGAUUUUGCGUGGCGUAAUAUCAUAUGUAAUCCGGUUACGGGUCGUAUUAUCGGCUUCAUCGAUCUACAAGGGGUGGCUGUCUUGCCGCGAUUCAUGCUUGCGCGAUAUCCCGACGACAUCUCUUCUAUCCAUAGUGCAACACACCAAUGGCUCACGACGACGGGCGGUUUUCCCUGGAUGCCACCGGAUGAUACUUCACAAAUAAUGGAAGCACCCGAAUGUGGCCAGGAAGGUGUGGAUUGGCAGGCGGGACUUCGCAAAGCGAUGAAAGAAGAGCUGGUCUAUCGCAAGGAAUUUCGGCUGCAUCUCUCGAGGAACCAUCCGCUCUUCCAGGAGCGUUUCUGGAGAGAGGCGCAGCAUCCCCUCAAAUUACAUUUUCUCUUGGUCUACGGGAUUCAGGAGUGGAUUUUCCGCACUGAGUGGCUGUCUCGGCAGUCCCGUCUGUGCUUGCAAUGAAGGUCGUGUACUGGAUCACAUUUGGGAAAGCCAACCGUGUGGCUUGUUCGACGGACUCUUCCAUACGAUGGACAACACUCCCUCUCUUCUGGAACAACGAAAGCAGCCUCUAAGCGGCUGCAAAAUAUGACAGGACGAU